AAAUUGGCAUCUAUCCCAAAAAAAAAACAGUCAGUUACUUUUGCCGCCCAACCCAGCAACAGCAGCAAGAAGCCUAUCUUCCCCUUCCAUGCUCUGUCCGUUUAGUAUGUGCAUCUCCGUCGCCGCUGUCAAACACACAGAUGAACUCAACAAUAAUUCGACAACCCACAGUCGCCACCAUCUCCCCAACUCACCCGUCUUCACACUUCCCUCAAAUCAGAAGGUGCAAAACCAUGAGAGACAUCCAACAAGUCCACGCCCACUUCAUCAAAACGGGCCAAAUCCACGACCCUCUUGCAGCAGCUGAAAUUCUCAGGUUCUGCUCUCUCUCAACCCACCGCGAUGUUGGCUAUGCGCGCAAGGUUUUUCACCAAAUGCGCGAACCCAAUUGCUUUUCUUGGAACACCAUCAUUCGAUCUCUAGCGGAAAGGGAUGGCGAUGAGCCAAUGGAGGCAUUAUUGUUGUUUUGUGAAAUGCUUUGUGACGGUGGGGUUGUACCCAAUAGAUUUACGUUUCCUUCCGUGCUGAAGGCAUGUGCUAGGACUUGCAGUAUCGAGGCAGGGAAACAGGUUCAUGGGAUGAUACUGAAAUUUGGAUUUGGUAGUGACGAAUUUGUAGCUAGUAAUCUUGUGAGGAUGUAUGUCAUGUUUGGAACCAUGGAAAUCGCUCAGUUUCUGCUUAAUAAGAUCACUGUUGAGUAUGGAAGUGAUAGCAAAUUAUUGAGAGAUAAGAGGAGGCAAGAGGGCACCAUUGUUUUGUGGAAUGUCAUGAUUGAUGGCUAUGUAAGACUUGGGGAUUUAAAGGCUGCCAGAGAGCUGUUUGAUAAAAUGCCUCAAAGAAGUGCAGUGUCAUGGAAUGUCAUGAUUUCUGGGUAUGCCCAAAAUGGAUACUUCAAGGAAGCAAUGGAGAUGUUUCGUCUGAUGCAAAUGGAGGAAGUGUGUCCUAAUUAUGUGACUUUGGUAAGUGUUUUGCCUGCAAUUUCAGGACUUGGGGCACUUGAACUGGGUAAAUGGGUUCAUUUGUAUGCAGAGAGGAAUGGAAUUGAGAUUGAUGAUGUUCUUGGCUCUGCUUUGAUUGAUAUGUAUUCCAAGAGUGGAAGCAUCGAGAAGGCACUUCAGGUGUUUGGGGUGAUACCUAAACCAAACACAAUUACUUGGAAUGCCAUAAUUGGUGGCCUUGCUAUGCAUGGUCGAGCAAAGGAUGCUCUUGAUUUUUUUUCAAGGAUGGAACAAGCUAGCAUAACCCCCAGCGAUGUAGUCUAUAUUGGUAUUUUGAGUGCUUGUAGCCAUGCUGGCUUGGUGGAAGAGGGACGUUGGUUUUUCAAUCACAUGGCUAAUGUUCAUGGUUUUGAACCUAGGAUUGAACAUUAUGGGUGCAUAGUUGACCUUUUAGGCCGUGCAGGGCUAUUGGAAGAGGCUGAAGAGCUUAUAGUGAACAUGCCAAUAAAACCAGAUGAUGUGAUAUGGAAGGCCCUUCUAGGUGCAUGUAAGAUACAUGGAAACGUCGAGAUGGGUAACCACAUAGCUAAGAUUUUGAUGGAUAUGGCUCCUCGUGACAGUGGAGCGUAUGUUGCUUUGUCAAAUAUGUAUGCUUCUUUGGGAGAUUGGGAAGCAGUUGCCAAGUUAAGGUUAAAAAUGAAGGAGAUGGACAUAAGGAAAGACCCUGGAUGCAGUUGGAUCGAGCUUGAUGGAGUUAUUCAUGACUUCCUUGUCGAAGAUGAUUCUCAUCCAAGAGCUAAAGAGAUCCAUUUAAUGUUGAAGGAAAUCUCUGAACAGCUGAGGUUGGAAGGAUAUAAGCCAAAAACUACAGAAGUUUUGCUCAAUAUGGAUGAUGAAGACAAAGAGAGUGCCUUAUGCUAUCAUAGUGAGAAAAUUGCAAUUGCAUUUGGCCUAAUUAGUACAACUCCUGGAACACCACUUAAGGUAGUCAAGAACCUCCGCAUUUGUGGAGAUUGCCACUCUUCAAUGAAAAUAAUCUCAAAUGUUUAUGAGCGUAAAAUAAUUGUGCGUGAUAGGAAGCGCUUUCACCACUUUGAGCAUGGUUCAUGUUCUUGUAUGGACUAUUGGUAACUUGACUAACUUCGAUGAAAGUGAUCUCAAAACUCUGUUUAUUGGUUUGAUUUCUUCAAUGGUUAUUUCUAGGAAAGGUGGAAUGGUUCUGAAGUCUGAACCUUCAGGUGGACUGUUAUGCACCCCUUUAGCAAGAUGCCCCUUUUGUUGCAGAUUUCUUUUUUUACUGUACCCCACAGGAUUAUCAUGAGAAGUCCUCUCUUGUUUACAUAGAAAAAUCCCACUUCACCCCAAAAAGAUGGCUUU